AUGCUACCGAUUGUUACGCCAAUUUUUCUAGCCACACUGGUGGCCAGUCAUGGGCAUAUUAGCAAUAUCGUUAUAAAUGGCGUCAGUUAUGACGGAUGGGACAUCGGCUCAUAUCCUUAUUCGUCUGAUCCGCCGGUUGUUGUGGCAUGGGGUACUCCUAACACUUCAAAUGGAUUUAUUUCACCAGACGCCUACGAGUCUGAUGACAUUAUCUGCCAUUUGAAUGCAACGAAUGCCAAAGGACAUGCUGUCGUUGCUGCCGGAGACAAGAUCAGUCUUCAAUGGACCACCUGGCCCGAUUCGCAUCACGGACCUGUUAUUACUUAUCUAGCUAACUGCGGGGACUCUUGCGAGACUGUUGACAAGACAACACUGAAAUUCUUCAAGAUUGAUGGCGUGGGUCUUGUCGACGACACUGAUGUUCCAGGAACUUGGGGUGAUGACCAGUUGAUUGAAAACAACAAUAGCUGGAUGGUCGAAAUUCCACCUUCGAUCGCACCCGGGAACUACGUAAUGAGACAUGAGCUGAUUGCGCUUCAUAGUGCAGGAUCAGAAGACGGCGCUCAGAAUUAUCCUCAGUGCUUCAAUCUGCAAAUCACUGGCCCAGGCAGCGAUGCACCUUCAGGCGUCCUGGGUACCGAUCUCUACAGUUCAACGGAUCCAGGAAUUCUUGUGAACAUCUACGCUUCGCUUUCGACUUAUGUUGUGCCGGGUCCAACUUUGUAUAGCGGAGCUGUCUCCAUCAGCCAGGCCUCUUCUGCCAUCACUGCCACUGGAACACCAGUUACAGGAUCAGGAUCCGGGGGCGCCAGUACGACAGGUGCUGGCACGACCACGACCACCACUUCAUCGAACGGUGCAUCAUCUACCACUUCGUCUACUACCAGAGCUAGUACCACCACUUCUACCACUACCAGCCAAUCGACGACCUUUGCAACCACGACAAGCUCUAGUGGAGGCAGUGCCUCGACCCAAUCGGUUUACGGUCAAUGUGGAGGAAGUGGAUGGUCUGGUGCGACAGUGUGCAACUUGCAAGCGACCUGCACUGCGUACAACGAUUAUUACGCCCAGUGUGUCCCGACCUCUUGA